UGACGUCACAUAAAAACAAAACUGUCGACAAAUGUUAGGUUAGGUUAUGUUCCAGGUGCGAACAAAGAAUGUUUAUUCAAGAAGAACUUUUAAGAGUUCACCGGUUUUAAUAAAACUUAUUCAUGUUUAAGUGUUUUUUACAUAAACCAACCAAUACUCGUGCAAAUAAAAUUGCGCGAACAAUAAAAAAACCAAUCAACCUCCAACAGUUGGUGUUUUCGACCAUCAAAUUGACAACGAACGUCCCACAAUUGACUAUUUUCUUUGCCGAAAAUCCUUAUUAGGACACUUGAGUGCUGAAGUGAAACAUUAUGGCCGAUCCAAGGAUAAGAACCCUAAAAAUAAAAACGGGCGUAGUAAGGAGAUUGGCCAAAGAAAAGACAGUUUAUGAAAAGGAAGCGGAGCAACAGAGAAACCGUAUCGAAAAGUACAAAUCCGAGGGCAGAGACGAGCACGACAUCAAGAAACAAGAGGAAGUUCUUCAGGAGAGUCUCAUGAUGGUUCCCGACUGUCAAAGGAGGUUAUUUAAGGCGUACGAGGAACUCAAAGGCAUCCUGGACACUGAGCAGGACCUAAAAGCCACCGAGGAGUAUACUGCAGCCCAAAAAGUACUUGAGGAAGCAAAAGCCGAGCUGCCAGCCCCUGGAGAACUUCAUAUGUGCUAGGUUUUUAAUACUUUUAUUAUUAUACUGUUGAGAUUG